GUGAUUAUUCUCUUUGGUUAAAGUCAAAACUGGCAAACUGUGCUAGCCAAGUGCUAGUAACUUUGUUUUAAAAUUUACGCAAACAAUAAAUGACAAAAAUAUUCAUGUAAAUACCGAGAGAUAACGAAAACAGAAUAUAAAAUGUCGAACAUAUCCAAAAGGAAGAAGGAAGGUUCAAGAACCAAAAUCAAGAGUAUGGGAGAUCACAAGGAGUUCCUGAAGAGAAUAACAAAGACCUUAUACUAUGGACAGCUGCCCACCCUACCCUGCUUAAGCCUGCCUGUAACUGAGAUAUCAUGCGAGGUGUGGUCGGGGGCGCAGCGCGGGCGCUCUGUGCGGCGUCUGCAUGCGGAUGCGGCGGCCCGCAUCGCGCACUCGGCGUGCGUAUCCCCGUGCGCGCUGGUUCUAGCCGUGCUGUACCUGGAGCGGUUGCAGCGCUGCAAUCCCGAGUAUCUGGCCAACACCGCACCCGCGGACCUCUUCCUUGUCUCACUGAUGGUAAGCAAUAAGUUUCUACAAGAUGAUGGUGAGGAUGACGAGGUGAUAUGCUCUGAGUGGGCAGCGUCCGGGGGCCUCGAGCUCCAACAACUGAAGAGGAUGGAACUUGAAUUCCUUAAAGCCAUUGAGUGGAAUGUUUUUGUUAGUGAAAAGUCAUUUGAUUACGGAUUGUGUUGGCUGGAGCGGCAGGUAGCCCUGAGACAGGCUCAGCAACGCGGGUUCUUCACCUACAGCGACCUGGCGGCCUCCAGCCAUGGCCGCCUGCUGGCCGACACCCUUGGAUCCGUGUCCGGCGCCUGCGUCGCCCUCGCCCUCAGCUACCUCACCAGCUUCUUGACCGUCGUCACCUCCACGCUGCUCAUCUCUCACGCCUGGCUGCCCAUGCUGCACUACAUGGCUGCGAGAGGAACACACUUGACAACCCUGGACACAGAGCUUACCACCAACAUACACCAGGGUGUACUUGUGAACAAUUCCACUAUAGAUCUACUAACAGACAUUCUGGCCGAGCAAACUGUCACUGAUUCCAUAACCUGUUGCCAGAAGUGGCAGAAGUACCAAGAUCAGAUGGAGACUAAGAAGAAUUGGAAUGACGGUGUGGUGGUUAAUGACUGGAAGUUGUUUGAAACUUGGUGGUCAAAGACAUCAGUGCUAAACUGGUUGUAUCAGAGUUCUUUGAUUAAUCCAAUGCAGAGGUGGUUGGAGAAGAUAAAUGAGUACAUGGAUCUUGUUCGGAACAGCUUGAUGGAUGAAGACAAGUCUCACAUGGAACAAUGCCAUGUCGAUGGCAGACGGAAUUGCAUUAGACAACGGUUAAACUUAAGUAAGCUUAGCUUUUUUACAACAUCUGUGUCCGAUCGGUAGACAUAGAGACAAUUGUGAAAACAAAGCUCAAAAUUUUCAUAAAAUAUACAAAUAACUGCUUAUUACUUAACAUGUUAUUAUAUUUAAUGUUAUUGUUGUUGGUAUAAUUGCGUCCCAAUUUUGCUUUCAAAUAGUAUGUUAUGUCGUUAUCUUGUUGAUACUUUCCAAUAAUGAGAAUUUACCCACAGGAUUUUUAACCUAAUGAAUUUUGAUGCAAAUAUUCUGGCUGACCUGAGGUACUUAUUAAAAAAUUUAAUGUAAAAUUAGGAAAUUCUUAUAAAGAAUGGUAAGUUAGGUACCUUGAAUUUUCUCAGUAUGUCAGUAACAGUUGGAACUUUCGUGAACUAAUUUUUGAAAAGAGCAACAAGAUUAUUCCUAUUUGUAUCUUUAGUUAGGAAUUCAUUUGUAUUUAAAAUUAGUAUUCAAACCAUAAGUAAACAUUAUGUGAACUACUAUUUACUUGUGAAUUUUUAAAACUUGUAUAUAUUUUUACCUGAUGCACCUACACACACACACAUAUAUAUAUUUCGAAUAAAGUAAUUAAUUCUGGUG